UGUUGAGUUAGGUGUGAGUGUUGCAAAUAUAGAUAUUUUAAACAUCAAAACUUUAUUGUAGAUCCACUUUUAUCUAUUCUCUGACACAGUAGAGAGUUCAUGUGGGUUUGUGAGGUCAGUUUGACCGAGAAAAUGAGUGCCCUCUUGUAUAAGACGUAGUGGAGCGCAAGGCAUCAGGGGACCAAUCAGGUGUGAGUUGAAGGCGCACGGGAAGCCUGUACCUGAGAAGCCUUCACCUGUAAAUGCACGAGUCCAAACUCAACACAGCGGAUAGUGCCUCAAGUCACCUCCAGCCACCUGCCCCCUUCCUCUAAAACCUGACUCUGGAGAAAAACAUAAGAAAACAACAACAACAAGAAAGUGAGCAGUCAUGCCAAGCGCAGGGGUUAGGUUGUUGUUAGUGUGUCUCUCUUUGCUCGGGGUUUCUCGAGCCGCUCCGGAGGACGUGUACAUGAAGGUGGUUCGCUUGCUGUCUCCCGGGGAUGAGUACCUGAGUGAUACCGCGCUUCACUCCUUUUUCAACCUUCUGGAGAAACGUGUGCAGUGUUCCGGCGUGUCGUGUGGAAAGUGCUUGUCAGAGGAGAGUGUAGGGCAGCUGGUGAGUAACUACUCCAGCUCCAGUGGUGUGCAGGUGGAGGGCUUCUUCAGGUUGGCUGCUGGAUGCUCUCUGCUGCUCAGCUCCCCCUCAAACACCUGCACAGCCAUCACAGAGGGACGCUGGGGGCAGGAGACGGGGCACUUUAUCCACAUGCUGUUGGGCCACAGUGAGCACAGACUGGAGGAGCUCUUACAUGACAUCGAACAUCAUUAUCUACCUGAACAUCACAAUGAGCACUGCCUCACUCUGGCUGACAUCCUGAAAGAGAGUGAAGUGACUCUGUCUGAUGGAGACCAUCAUCACGCUGACCCUCACACUGACCUCCAUACUAUGCUCGGUGUCAUACUCUACCACGUCUUACUGGGAGACUGCAUCACCUCUCACAGCCUUCCUCCACAGGACUUCUUCCUGGAUUACAUAUUCACCCACUUUGGCCCUGACCACAUCACUCUACAAGACCUCGACAGGUUGAUGAAAGAUCUGAACCUGGGAGAAGCUAAUGACGUUGAGCAUGACCACAGCCACGAGGCCCAUAAUGAAGACAUGAGACUCAUCCAACAUGAUGAAGAGGGCCUCGGGCAGAGUCGCGAUGAGCCUCGGGCCUCCAACAACAGCUGGGACACGGGCUGUUUCCAUGCCGAGGAUUUGCUGAAGAUCUACCAGAUGAACAGCUCGGGACUGAACAGAGAUCAGUUCACUCGGCUGAGCCCGGCUCUGAUCCAGCAGCUCCUUAGUAAAGCCUGUACUGAGACCAAACCCACGGUGGUGUCCGACUCCCUCAGCACCACGGAGCGAUUCGUGUAUGCCACCCUGGCCAACAUGCUGAUCUGUCUGACGGCCAUGUUCGGGAUCGUGGUGCUGCUGUGUACGACCUGCAGCGGCAUGUUCCAACUGUGCAUUCAGUUCUGCAUCAGUCUCGCCGUGGGCUCGCUGACGGGUGACGCGCUGCUCCACCUCCUUCCCACGUUCUUGGGGAUACAUGUGCACAGCGAUGGAGCAAGCGAACCCGGACAUGACUCUACAUACAUCUUUAAACUGCUGGUGCUUUUGGGAGGGAUCUAUUACUUCUACCUGAUGGAAGCCAUGUUCUCAAUCCUCACUCACAAAGACAAGCACUCUCAUCACCAUGCAGAGGACGACGAGCCACACCACUGUGACCAUGGCAAAGUCCUGCAGAUGUACCAGAGAGAGAAAAAGAGCAAACUCUCCACAUCCCAAGCAGAUCUGGUAGACGAAGAAAAAAAGUCUUUCCCAGAAGCAGAAGAAACCCCUCGGACACGAGAGCAGCGCAUGCUUCCGUAUAUGAUUACAAUCGGCGACAGCAUUCAUAACUUUGCAGACGGUCUGGCCAUCGGUGCCGCCUUUUCAGUCUCCUGGCGCUCGGGAUUGGCUACGUCUCUGGCUGUGCUCUGCCAUGAACUCCCGCAUGAGCUAGGUGAUUUUGCUGUGCUGCUGCACUGCGGCGUGUCGGUGAAGAAAGCUCUGCUGUUAAACGUGGGCAGCGCUCUGACCUCCUUUAUCGGUCUCUACAUCGCUCUCUCGAUCUCCACCGACUCUGCAGCUAAAGAGUGGAUAGGAGCUGUUACAGCGGGCCUCUUCCUCUACGUAGGGCUCGCGGAUAUGCUUCCCACCAUGAUUCAUGCGGACAGCAAGAAGCCAUGGCUGACAUUUCUGCUGCAGAAUCUGGGGUUGCUUUCUGGCUGGGGCAUCCUACUGCUGCUCUCUUUUUACGAGGACAAGAUAAACAUCUAGAGAACCUUUUUUUUUUUUUUUUUAAUUAUUAUUAUUAUUAUUUUUGACCCCUGAUAGUCAGGUUAAUUUAUGUCUUGCUUUUAGUCCAGAUUUUGAGAAAACUGCACUGGUCUGAAAACAGACGUAAACUGUGUCACGCCAAUGGAAUUCGACUGGUGAUACGAAUUUGAAUGACAAUUAUAGAGUAACAGACAUAAGCCGUUCGGGAUUUAAUUGAGACCUGGCAACCCGAAGAGGAGUAAAUGAAUAGAAUUUUUCAAUAUAGGAAGAGUUCUAAUACAAAUCACUGUGAAAUAGUUCUACAUGACCACAGCAAUUUUUAUUGUAAAGCACGUCUGAGCUCAGGAGACUAAAGGAAAUUUUUAAAAACAGUGCCUUUACACACUUGCCUUUAAAAUUAUUAUAUACUGUAAGCCUUUUUCUUUCACAGAGCCGUUUUUGUUCCAAAACAUUCAGCCAUUUUUGGCUGAAAUAUGUAAUAUUUAUGUUGGCCACCAUUUGGUGCAUCCCUACAUUAUAUGGCCAAAAGUAUGUGGACAUCUGACCAUCACAGCUGUAUGUACUUGGUGAACAUCUCUUUCCUGGUGUAGUAACCUACACUCAUCUAGAUUCCACGCAACUGUGAUUAUUCAGUUACAAGAGCAUUAGUGAGAUCAGACACUGAUGUUGUAAGAGUGAGGAGGUCUAGGGUUCAGUUGGUGUUCCAGUUCAUCCCAAAGGUGUCAGAUUCAGAGCUCUGUGCUGGACACUCUGGACACCUUCUCAGACCUUGUCUUCGUGAAGCUCGCUCCUUAGUUCCAGUGAAGGGAAACUGUAAUGCUACAGCAUACAAAGAUAUUCUAGACAAGUUUGUGGAACACCGUUUGAGGAAGAACCACAUGUGGGUGUAAUGGUCAGGUGUUGGCCAGAUACAGUAGUGUACAUUAAUGGUAUAUACUCGUAAUAAGUGUGUUUGUUUGGAGAGGGAGAAUGGACAGAAUGCAAAACCUCUUUGCCAAAUAAAACAAAAAGGUUGGCUUUUAUAUCUGUACUAAUUGGUUCAUUUACUGGAAUGUAGUCAUUCCAUGUCCCAAUUUUUCUUUUAGUAACAACCAUAUCAAGUGUUUUCGUAUGCACUGGGUAGCCUGUUUAUUAGGUGCACCUACCUUGUUUCAACAUCACUGGCCAGUUAAUCAGAUCCACUCAAUAAUUAGCACAUGUACUGUGACAGCAAUGCUGAUGCUCUCAUUCCAGUAACUGUAUAUUGUUGGUUUUCCUGAUAAAAUGGCCAGUAAGAUUAAAGUAAAAGGUAGAUGUGGAUUGUAGUUUCUGAAGUUUGUAGAUUGCAUUUUUAUAUUUUUCUUCAUAGGUAUACUAAUGAUAUUCCUACAUUCCUACGAUAUGACUACUAUAAUUGAUAGUAAUCUUAGCAGCUAUAUUACAAAACAUUAAACAAGGUGACAAGUUUUUGUAUUUUGUUCGUGUAUAUAUAAAAAAAAACAUGCUUUUUGAGACAACUGCUAAUAAAUAUAA